AUGGCUAUGUAUGUGGGAAGCUUGUGUGUUUGCUGCCUCAGCCAUUUUGGACCUUGCCAAAAGGGCUCUAUGGCUUUGAACUACCAUGUCGGACAGCUGGUGGUGGUGCGGGACGAUGAGGAACAAAAUUGGCAUUGUGCACGCAUCUACCAGACAUCUCCGGUCUUGGUGAAGCUUCGACCACGAAGUUCUCCAUCAAAAUACAAAUUCAUGAAGCCCUUGGAAGCUUUGACGGAACAUGAGGCCAAGAAUGUCUUAGCUUUGGAACAGCAACUGAGGAACGGUAUGGACCUUGGUCCAGAUCCUCCUCCAAUGGGCCUAACUGCUGAGGAGCAAACGGCCUAUCCAUCCAUUGCAGCAAAGGCAAAUUCUUCCUUCUUGACAGUGAUCUUGCUGAUUGGGACACUGUCCCCGGUGAUCUUGAACAAUCUUUGGCUCAUGACGGCAAAUGUUGUGAAUGAAGGAGAUGGGCACCAGCACUUCUGGUGGUACACUCUAGUCUUCGACAACUACUUCAUGAUUGUGAAGGGCCUCAUGUUCUCGGCCUUCUUCUACGCCUUUUUGCCAGAGCCAGCGAAAGGUCACCGCAAGUGGUUGUAUUGGCUUCUUGCCAUAAUGUGGCCACUCUUCUCCUUUCUCAUCCACAUGCUGUGGUUGGCGGUGAACACGGUGGGCUCAGAUGAUGCAUGGGGCUUGAUGAAACUCAACUUUCCCGUGGGUGCUUCUGCGGCCGUAUUUGCGUGGAUGCCUUUGUGCCUGUACGGGCAAUACAGUCGAGAGGAGCGCUUUUUCGCCACCAAGAGAUUUGUGGUGAUCAUCGUCAUUUUGGUGGCAGACCUCAUUUUCAUCAGUUCCUCACACUUGGUCUUGCUUCUCUUCAAGGCUUUCGGAGAUGGAGAGUUUGGGGCACCAGACCCACUGGUGAGAGCCAUCGUGGAGUUGGCAUUCCUGUUGGGAUUCAUGCAAGUCUACCUGCCCUUGCUCGGGAAAGUGUGGCAGAUUGGAUUGUUGCUCUUCGACACAUUGGCUCCGAUGAAGGACUUGCAAAGGCAGCGCAUGCUCUACUUUGCCACAGUGAUUUUAGACAUGCACCGCUACAUGUACGUUCGGGUGGCUUCUUCUCGAAUCUACGAGACCUGCAUCUUCGUGGUGAAGCUCUUGUCGGAUUUCUUGGAGCUCCCUCGGUGCCUCACGCGUGUUUUCACGUGGACCAUCGACUGUGGCUACCCCAAGCACACUUCUUCAAAGAGCUUCUGCUUCGCGGAGACUGAGGUGAAGUUGGUGAACGUUCCCAGUGACUUUGGGGCGGAGUUCAAAGAGUGGGCCUACAAAACGGCAAAAGAUCGACAACAGAAUCGCUUCAUCCUUCAGAGUGAGGAUGCGCAUUCGUCCUUUGAUACCGUCAUCGCACGGGAUGCCGUGGAGAAGAGCAACGGGGAGUGGCGCAAGGUUUGGGAAGGCUUCCGCGACCCUGGCCUCUUCAGUUUCUACCAGUUCAUGACUGUGCAGCUCAGUGGUAUCAUAUUUUGCCGCUAUCGUGCGCGGAUUAUCAUCAAGAUCGCGAGCAGUAUCAUGCUCCUUACCACUGGCACAUUGAUCAGACUGACGCCCUCCAAGGAUGUCUUGAACCGAGUCCAUGACCACUCACAGCCAAGGGAACUCAUGCAGUGGAUCGUGCCAGCUGCCAUGCUUUUCUUAGAUGUGUUGGAGCUGGCCCUGGUUGCAUGCUUACAAGAUAGCGAUGCUGCGACGAUGGGCUACAAGAGGAAGCGGUUUACCCGGCUCUUCAACGAGCCUUUCUUCCUUUGGAUGGUGAUGAGCUGUCACGUUUGCUGCAACAGCGAUCUGUACAUCACAUUUGCCAACCUGCAGUUCAGUGCCUAG